AUGGUCAACUUCACGGGCCAGUCCCGCAAGCGUGUGGUGAACCUAGGUGACAACAGAAUGACACAUAUGGGAGGCAACCGAACCUAUUUGGAGAAAACUAAACUUCAAAGACAACAGCGUGAGGAACAGAGACUAAGGGAGAAGGCGGCUGUAACUUUGAAACAGUACGUGUUGCGAUACCUAUCACACCGCAAAGCAGCAGAGGCAUACUACGAGAAGUGGUUGACGACAUCAAUUGGCUCACAAAGCCAGUUUGACGACUGGAUAAUUGGAUUGAACUACUUUUGCGUGUGGAAGUUUCCUUUUGAUUCGAAUGAAUCUAUCAUCACUCCUUUACUCGAAACUGUGUACAAACGAGUUGAUGAAUGGAAAUUGUGCCGGGUGACGUCCCAGUCCCUGGUGGAAGGCUUGCUCCAACUUAUCGAGGUAUUGAGGACUUCUCACUCCCAGCAGUUGGUCCACCGUACCUGCCAGUGUAUUGAGCAUAUUCUUAAAAAGUCUCCUACGGAUGCUAGAUACCCGGGUUUCAUCGAUACUCUUACCAGCGUUGUAGAUGUGGAUGAUGAGUUGGUCACACUGCUCAUCUUUCGCGUGAAUAUGAAGGAUUCAUACUUUGCAUUGCUCAAGUUUCUAGCCAGGUUGAGGACAUUGAGCUCUUCGUACUUGGACUUGCUACGAAAGGCCUUACUGGAUCAUGAGUCAACGAGUGCUAUCGGAGACUUGAGUAAGAUGGAGCGCAUCGACUUGUUGGUGGUAUUUUUGUCUGCUCAUACGAGUCCUACCUACGUGUUGGAGGACUUUGUGGCCAUCGACCAUAUCUUGAGCCAGGUGUCGUUUUCAGUUUACUGUGAUGAGCUGGCUAUGGACUACGACAAGGAUGGAGAAGAUGUCGAAAGGAAAGAUAUGCUCAGAAUUGGUGUUGAAGCUCAUCAACUCUUAAGAACCCUUUAUUCGGGAGACUUCAUCAAGACCAUGAUGGAUUUCAUGUCCAAGAAAGACCACGAUGUCUAUGUGAUCAACAUCGUCUCUUCCCUUGCGUUCUUGAUCCCUGACCAGAAACCACGACUUUUAAUGUUUAUGACCAUCAAUCAUUAUAGGUAUUCAUGGUUUUAUAAGCGGUUGACUUCAACAUUUCUUUACAAGCAAUUGGUAAGCGUUGCAGAAAGUAAAGGUAAGGAAUACUGGACAUACACGGAUUUCAAAACAUUGUAUGAACAGGAGCCUACACCCGAGUUUUUUUGGAGGCUUCUAUUUACAUUCACCGAGAUGUUCUCAUAUUGGCUCAUUAUCUCCAAUGACUUUGAAAGCUUCAGCGAUGAUGGCAUAACCACCGAGAAUGCUGCAAGUUUUGUGGUGUUUUUGAAGCGUCUUUGUUUGACAAUGAUCUUUAACUCAAAUCAAACGCAUAGCACUCAGAUCUGCCAUGAUUUCUACAAGGUUAAAGAUGCAUCAAUCGUGUUGCUUAACCAACUUUACUUGAAGAACCUCCGCUUGAAGUUCAUGGACGAAAGCGUGUGGAGUCUUAAGAAGUACGAAUUCCGGUUAGAAAGUGUGUUGCAUUUGAUAUCCGAUGAUGAUGACGAAGUCUCCAGCGACUCGGAUAAUAACGACAUCCAGGUGCCGGGCAAGGACAGACAGCGCUCUGAAAUUCUGGCGAAACUAGAGAUUUUGAAGAAGUUGCCAUUCUUCUUGAACUUCAAGGAAAGAGUACAGAUAUUCCAGAGGCUUAUUGACCAGGACAAACCCAAAAACGGUGCAGAUAUGCCCGAGUUUUUCUUUGGAUCUCCUACCCGAAGUACUCAAGUGAAUGCCAGAAGGGAACACUUGCUCGAAGAUGGAUUCAAGUACUUGGGCCAGUCGGGACCUCAAUUGAAGCACGGAAUCCAGGUGACUUUUUUCAAUGAGUAUGGUCAGGAGGCAGGCGUUGAUGGAGGAGGUAUCACCAAGGAGUUCCUAAGUGGAGUUGUUCUUGAAGGAUUUGAUCCCAACGGCCAACGACGUCUUUUCAAAGAAACCAGCGAGCACCAACUUUACCCGAACGACGAGAUCUUCACCAAAUACUACAAUAAAAUCGACUUUGAACAACAACUCGAGCAACUUCAGUAUCUUAGGUUUCUCGGGAACAUCGUGGGCAAGUGUCUUUACGACCAGGUGUUGAUUGACGUUUCAUUUGCACCCUUUUUCUUGAACAAGUGGUGCAACGCCAAAAACAUGAUGAAAAAUUCGAUCAACGACCUCAACUACCUCGACCCCGAGUUGUUCAAGAACUUGGUCAAGUUCACCAAGAUGUCGGGUCCAGAUAUCGAGGACCUCGACUUGAACUUCACCGUUAACACCAGAGCUGACGGUAAACAGUUCAAGUUUGAUUUGGUCAAGAACGGCGAGGCCAUUAAGGUGACGGCCGCCAACCGACUGAACUACAUCCACCAGAUGGCCAACUUCUUGCUCAACACGUCGCUCCAUAUUCAAUCCAAACACUUUCUUCAAGGGGUGUUUGCGGUGGUGAACUCCAACUGGCUCAAGAUGUUUGACUUUAAUGAGCUCCAAAUGCUUAUUUCUGGAUCCAAGGCCAAACUUGACAUCGCCAACUGGAAACAGAACGUCGAAUAUGGCGGGUACCUUGAAAGCGAGUCUACCAUUCAAUACUUCUGGCAGGUGGUGGAAGAAAUGACGAGUGAAGAGCAGUCGAAGCUCGUGAAAUUCGUAACAUCGGUUUCAAGAGCUCCACUUUUGGGGUUCCAGUCGCUCAACCCCAAGUUUGGCAUUCGGAAUAGCGGCCGGUCUACUGACCGACUUCCUACGGCUGCCACCUGUGUAAACUUACUCAAGCUCCCAGAUUAUCAAGAUAAAGAGGUGCUCCGCCAGAAGCUCAUAUACGCGAUCAACGUGGAUGCAGGAUUCGAUUUAUCGUGA